CCGCCGGUUGCAAUCCGGUUGACCGACUCUCGCGUCCGGUUGUUGGGUGUGCCGCUGUCCAUUUCCACUUUAUCGAUUCGACGGAAUACUCGCGGCCCGACAAAAUACCGCACAGGACGGGCGUACGCUCCAUCAUCAUCAUCAUCUUCGUGGUAUUACGGUUGGUUGUGCUCCAUCCGGCUCCGGCGUGGCCACCCGCAUCACGUGAGACAAGCUCCUCUAACCCUGAAACGGAUGACGGUGUCUUUUACGGUGAAAGCCGGCAUAGCAUUCCUCGUGUGCUCGAUCCAAAGAAAGUUUUAAGAAAGUGCCAGAGUUUGUGAGUGCGUCAGUGUGUCACCAGCGGAGAGAGAGAGAGAGAGAGAGAUAGUGUGUGCCGGUGGUGCCUUUUCGAUCGCAUCAUCAUGGAGUUUGUGCGGGCCGCCACGGAUAUGUUCUGGUCGACGAGGAUUUGGCUGCCACCGAACAUCACCUGGGAAGACAUACGGCCCGGGGUGCGACCGGAUGUGAACCACGCCGACUACCGGCAUCUCAUCUAUCCGAUCCCGCUAGCGGCCGUCAUUUUGAUGCUCCGCUCCGUCGUUGAACGGUUUUGGAUUGCACCAAUCGGCAAAGCGAUCGGCAUUAAGAGCAGCGGACCAAAGUCACCGAAACCAAACAAAACCCUCGAAGCGGCGUAUAAUGUCAACAGCCGGUUGAAUCACAAAACGACGGUACGGCUGACCAAACAGCUGGACAUGACGGAACGACAGAUCGAGUACUGGUGGCGACGGCGCCGUGCCCAGGACAAACCGACGACGCUGGUCAAAUUCUGUGAAACAUCCUGGCGGUGCAUCUACUACACGUACAGCUUUAUCUUCGGUUGCAUCGUGAUGUGGGAUAAACCGUGGCUGUGGGACAUCAAGCAGUGCUGGUACGGUUACCCGCACCAGUCGGUAACGAACGACAUCUGGUGGUACUACAUGAUCUCGAUGGCCUUCUACUGGUCGCUGACGGCGUCCCAGUUUUACGAUGUGAAGCGUAAGGACUUUUGGCAAAUGUUUGCCCACCACAUGAUCACAAUUCUGCUGAUGGCGCUCAGCUGGGUCUGCAAUCUGCAUCGCGUUGGCUCGAUUGUCCUACUGGUGCACGAUUGUGCCGAUAUCUUCCUCGAGUCUGCGAAGCUGACCAAAUACGCCCAGUAUCAGAAGGUGUGCGACACGAUCUUCGCCAUCUUUACCGUCGUCUGGAUCGUGACGCGAUUGAUACUUUAUCCGCGCGUCAUCUACAGCUCUUCAGUUGAGGCACCACAGAUUCUGCCCAUGUUCCCGGCCUAUUACAUUUUCAACACGCUGCUCAUACUACUGUUGGUGUUGCACAUCUGCUGGACGUAUCUGAUUGUGCAAAUCGCAGUUAAGGCAAUCAAAUCCGGCCAGAUGGAGGGAGACGUGCGGUCCAGCUCCAGUGACGAAAUCAGCGACAGCUCGGAAAACUCUCGCACCACCGCCCUGACGAACGGUGGAACGCCCAAGAAGCAACCGGCGCUCGCAACGACAGCCACUAGCAAGAACGGAACCACGGCGCGGGUCAGUGCUUCACCCAAGAAGUAAAAUGCGUUGCUGUCAUCUGAGAAGAGGAAGCAGAAACAAUCACAAACAACACUCAUCACCACGAUAGGGAGGAAGCUACUAUAGCACACUGUGCCUGCUUGUCUGCCUACUAGCGCGCUCAGGCCCUGCUAGGCUAAGCUAUGCAGUGCCCUUUAACCAUGUCGUUUAAACGAUUAAAACCAAUCGCGCAAAAUGCGGGAUUUACAUCUUAUAUUACUUGUUACCGCUCGUCUCCUGUGUGUUUGUGUGCCCUAGGUGUGGCUGCUACUAAUGACUGUUACUAAACGAUGAGCGCACUGCUGAUAACUCUUUUCGAUCAAAACAAAAAAAAUGGAACUAGAUAGCACCGAAAACUACGGUUUGCGGUACUUCUUCUUCUUCUUCGUCAUGCUAACUGUUUGUAACUGAUGGGCAGAAGAAAGGAGGAUAAAUUUAUAAGACCAGCCACCAGAUUAAAACCAAACGAGGAAUGCGUGGCACAACCAUUUGAUUGAUUUAAUUGUCAAAGAACUACCCCACUGUAUCCGUUUCCCCCUCUACUAGCCCUUUUUUUCUUCCUUCUCUUCCUGUAGGAUAAAGUGUUUGGACGUUAAAGAGGGGGUGAUUAGUGCAUAAGGACCACACGUCGGUGUGAACCGGUAGGCGAAAAAAAAAACGGUAAAGCUGAAAUUAGUUAGCCAGAUAGGGAUAAAAGCGGCAUGAGAGGCCAGGUUAGGGUUGAGUUUUGAAAUAAGCGAGAAUCGUCCGUUGGAAUGAUCAAAGUAAACAGGGGAAAGCGGUUGCUAUAGACAUAUGGCAAUUGCAAACCUAAAGAUGGUGUAGCGUAUAAGGUAUUUAUUAGCGUAGAAAAUUUGCAGUGAAAUGAGAGAAGAAGCGAAUUUCCAUUGAUUUACACGGCGCACAACAUGGCACACGUUCGUGCGCCCCUAGUUUGUGUUGCAGCAAAUCGUCUGAAGCAUACACUUAGUCCUCUGCAGGAGAAAAAUACCACAACGAUGAGCGUAAACUAUGCGCGUGUGUGUGAGUAUAUUACUUCCUUAGCAAACUAGGAGGACUAACUAAACAAAUCAAAACAGAGGAACCACGGUAGCAAUCAUCAAAAAUGUGAUUCCGGCUGUAGAGACAAAGGGGACUCGCACCAAACCGCGGCCCAUACAAAAGCACACGCAGAUACAUUCCGUGAACCGGCUUACGCUUUUCUCCUGAGAAUUGCUGCUCCCAUGGUGCCAGAUGGCAGAUAGUCCCCAAACCAACAAACUGCUUGGCCAACGUUGCUUGUUUUAGGCGCAUGAUCGAUGAGGCGGCUUUAUGAAGAGUGAUUUUUUUACGGUUUUGUUAUUGACCUUAACCACCCAUACAUAACGCACGAAUCCGAUCGGAGAGGGCCAAUGGCUUUAAUGUUUGUUUUUCCUCUAACGGUCCGUUCGUAAGAAUGGGUGUUAAAUAUGCUUGUUCAAUGUGUCACAUCUAUAUGUUCCUCUGCCGAGACGAAGAGCCGUUAUGGUUUCCAGUGAGUCGUGGUGUAAUUGUGUAAUACUCGAAAACGGAACGGAAUGCCGCUGUGUCAGCGGGUGGGGACAAAGCUAUUCCGUCAUCAUUACUGCACACAGCGUGAAGAACUUCCUCUAGUGGACGAUUGUACAAUAAAAGUUGAAAUAAAGA